AUGGGUUCUUUAUGUGAUUUUUGUGGAGACCAGAGAUCCUUGGUGUACUGCCGCUCCGACGCUGCUUCCUUAUGUUUGUCGUGUGAUCGAAAUGUUCAUUCCGCUAAUGCACUUUCUAAGUGUCAUUCAAGAACACUCGUAUGCGAGAAGUGUAAUUUACAACCUGCAUAUGUGAGGUGUGUUGAAGAGAAAGUUUCAUUUUGUCAGAAUUGUGAUUGGUCGGCUCAUGGUACUGAUCCAUCUUCUUCAACACACAAACGACAAUCAAUCAAUUGCUACUCUGGCUGUCCUUCGGCUUCCGAGCUUUCUUCUAUAUGGCCCUUUUCCUCGGACAUCCCUUCUACGGGCGAAGCAUGUGAGCAGAAACUCGGUUUGAUGAGCAUUAAUGAGAACUGCGAUAAUAAAGCUCGGGUUUCUCCAGAGAGCAAGAACGUGUCUGGCUCAGCUCAAGUCGCCGAUCUACCCAGCAAGGAUAAGUCUGCAGCCGGCAAAUCUUCAGUAACCGAGUCACGUGCAGAACCUCGUAUUCUUGACCAGCCACCUCAACCUUCCGAUGAAUGUAUGCCCAAGUUACAAUGUCUUGGUAGUAUGGCAUCUGCACUUUGUGAAGAUGAUAAUUUGUACGACGGUUUCAACAUAGAUGAUAUGGAUCUUGAACUUGAGAACUAUAAGGAAGUUUUUUCUUAUGCUCUCAAUAACUCCGAAGAGUUUUUCGAAAAGGGCAGUAUUGAUAGCUUAUUUGAGAGAAAAGAUAUGUCUGCUAGUGCUGGUGAUUCCAAUUGCCGGGGCGCUAUUGCAGCUUCUUCAGACUCAAUGUUAAGUACUAAAACUGAACCAAUACUUUACUUUACGGAAAUGCAAUCCCAAUCAAACGUUUCAUUUUCCGGCGUUAUCAACAGUGCUAGUGCUAGUGACAACCAAGAGUGCGGCGGUGUUUCUUCAAUGCUUCUCACGGGGGAGCCUCCCUGGUGUCCUCCUUGCCCUGAAAAUUCUAUUCAAUCUGUUAACCGCAGCAAUGCUGUCAUGCGCUAUAAGGAAAAGAAAAAGAAUCGGAAGUUUGAUAAGAAAGUAAGGUAUGCUUCUCGGAAGGCUAGAGCCGAUGUCAGAAAACGUGUGAAGGGCCGGUUUGUUAAAGCUGGUGAAACAUUCGACUAUGAUCCUUUAAGCGAAACCAGAAGCUGUUAA